UAUUUCUUUAUGCUGGUGUUACCCCUUUAAGGACCUUAUGUGUUCCCGCAUGUGCUGUGCGCAUGCGCAGUGUGUCUGUAAUGCUUGCUACUGCUAACAACAGUAAAGAGUUAUGUUGCUACAAGACGGUGUCCGUGUAUGAUGUAUUUACACGCGUGUCAUUCACUCCACGACAUAACAAAGUAAACUGGCGACGAGGAUGAACGCGAUAUUGUGUCAUUGUGACACCGCCGAGUGAAAUAGAGAAAGUUAAAAAGGGCACGACGUCAGGGACGAUCGACACAUGCUCGGCGGAAAGGAAAAUCAACAUACACAAACAGUGAGUGAAAAGUGCAUUAACUUGUAAGAUGGCUGGAUUAGUGGGACAAAUUGGACCAUAUGAAGAAAAUACGGAGCAAUGGAGCUCGUACACGGAGCGGUUUGAUUGUUUUGUUAAGGCUAACGGAAUUAAAGACGAAGUUCUCGUACCGACCUUUCUGAGUGUAAUGGGAAGCAAAACAUACAAUCUACUGCGUAGCCUGGUCCAGCCCAAUAAGCCUAGUGAUUGCUCAUUCAGGGACGUUGUAACAUUGCUCAAAGAACAUUUCGCACCAAAACCCCUCAUUAUUGCCGAAAGAUUUCGCUUUCAUAAACGCAACCAGUUAGAGGGAGAAUCAAUCGCGCAGUUUGUUGCUGUUCUGAAACGUCUGUCUGAACAUUGUGAGUUCGGAGCAACGCUGAACGACACUAUAAGAGACCGAUUUGUGUGCGGACUGCGAAGUGAAACCAUCCAGAAACGUCUUUUGUGCGAAAGUAAUUUGACAUUGGAACGAGCAAUGGAAAUCAGCGUUUCCAUGGAGAUGGCUGCAAAAGAAGCACAAGAGUUGAGCACUUUCACUCAAGUGAACAAAGUUUACAGGGAAAAACCGAAACAAGACAGCAAGAGAACUUGUUAUCGGUGUGGAAAGAGUGGGCAUCUGCCACAAGAAUGCUGGUUUAAAGACAAAGACUGUAAUAACUGUGGAAGAAAAGGACACAUUGAACGGGCAUGUCAAAGCAAAAAGUUGAAUGUAAGUGAAAAAGUGAACGCAAGCAAGCCUAUGGAAGCAAAGAAAGUCUAUGCCAGAAAAGUAAAAAAGAAACACAUUCAUCAAGUGGAUUAUACUGCAAUGCAGCAAUCAGAUGAUUCAGAUGAAAAUGAAUUGGCACAUGUAAUGUCUGUGUCUUCAAAUUCAGAUGGAUACUGGGUGACACCACUGCUGGAUGGAAAGGCCAUUCCCAUGCAAGUGGAUACAGGAGCCGCCGUUUCGCUCAUGGCAGAAUCAACAUACAAAGAGAACUGGCCGGAUCUGUCUCCAAAGAAGCCUAAGCUGACCCUAAAGACAUAUACAGGAGAGCUGGUACCUCUCGUAGGAGUCAUGGACGUGACUGUGGAGCUUAACAGGCAAAAUGUAAAACUACCAAUCUACAUUGUGAAAGGUAGCAGUCACGCAACAUUGAUGGGCAGAUCAUGGCUGGAGAAAAUAAAAAUAAAUUGGCAAGAAGUACAUUUGGUUGUGAAAGAGUCAGCCAGCCUAGAAAACAUCCUAAGGAAACAUGCAGAGGUAUUUUCUGAGGAACUUGGCAGCAUGAAAGACAUUACAGUAAAGCUGACCAUUAAGUCGGACAGCACACCAAAGUGCUUAAAAGCCCGCCCUGUUCCAUACGCGAUUAAGCCAAAGGUGGAAAUGGAACUUGACCGUCUGGAGAAAACAGGAGUUUUAAAGAAGGUGAGUGUUAGCGAAUGGGCAACACCAAUUGUUCCUGUAAUGAAAAAAGACGGAUCAGUCAGAAUCUGCGGUGACUUUAAAGUCACUAUCAACCCUGUCUUAACCGUGGAACAGUACCCUCUGCCGCUAAUUGACGAUCUUUUUGCUGGUUUAGCAGGCGGUAAAAAAUUCAGCAAAAUAGACUUAUGUCAAGCUUACCUUCAAAUGCAUGUCGAUCCUGUUUCCCAGGAACUGCUGACCAUUGUAACCCACAAAGGCCUAUACAGGUACCAGAGGCUCCCAUUUGGCAUAACUUCGGCUCCGGCUUUGUUCCAGCGGGCCAUGGACCAGAUCUUAAGUGGCUUAAAUGGAGUACAGUGCUAUCUCGAUGACCUGCUCAUUACAGGAAAAGAUGAUGAAGAUCAUCUCAGAAACUUGAAUGCAACACUGCAGAGACUGAGUGAAUACGGUCUGCGGGUAAAGAAAGGCAAGUGCGAAUUCUUUUGUCCAACUGUCGAAUACCUAGGACACGUCAUCGACAGCGCUGGCCUUCACAAAGCACCAUCCAAGGUAAAGGCUAUCAUCGAAGCACCAUCUCCACAGAAUGUAAGCCAGCUUCGCUCAUUUCUGGGUCUAUUGACAUACUAUGCAAAGUUCAUGCCAAAUCUUGCGAGUAAGCUACGGCCCCUACAUGAGCUGUUGAAUAAGUCCAAACAAUGGAAAUGGACUGAAAAAUGCGAGAAGGCUUUCAAAGAUGUGAAGUGCACAUUAACCCAAUCGGAGGUACUCACACAUUUUAAUCCAUCACUGCCAGUACAGUUGGCAUGCGAUGCCUCACCGUAUGGUGUUGGCGCUGUACUUUCUCAUGUGAUGCCGUCCGGUGAUGAGAGACCAAUUGCAUUUGCUUCAAGGACCCUGAACAAAGCGGAGAGUAACUACGCCCAAAUCGAACGAGAAGCCUUGGCAAUUGUAUUUGGCGUCAAGAAAUUUCACCAGUACCUUUUUGGGCGCAAAUUUACGCUACUGACAGACCACAGACCACUUACCUCAAUUUUUGGUCCAAAAUCUGGCAUCCCCUCACUGGCCGCAAGUCGCAUGCAGCGUUGGGCUCUUUUGCUGUCAGCUCACCAAUAUGACAUCAGGUAUAGGAGAUCCGAGCAGCACUGCAACGCGGAUGGUUUGUCCAGAUUACCCCUGCCAGAUACACCUCCAGAACGUUCACAAGCUGAUAUCUUCUACUUCAAAGAAGUGCAUAAUGCACCGGUCACGGCUGCACAAGUGAAACGUUUUACAAGAAAUGACCCAGUCUUGUCUGAAGUUAUGGACUGGAUUUCACAGGGUAAGAGAGGAAAGAUGUCUGACCAUCUUAGACCUUAUAUGAAUCGCCAAAAUGAGCUGACGGUACAAUCUGGCUGCUUACUUUGGGGUUAUCGGGUCAUUAUACCCCCACCACUGAGAAAACCCUUGCUUAAGGAACUGCAUACCAGCCACUCUGGCGUAGUGAGGAUGAAAGAAAUUGCACGCAGCUACUUCUGGUGGCCUGGGUUAGAUGCUGAGAUUGAAGAGGAAGCCAAAAUCUGUCCAGACUGUCAGAAUCUGCGAAAAAUGCCCCAGACAGCCCCCUUACAUCCAUGGGAGUUUCCAGAGGAGCCAUGGCAAAGGGUGCAUAUCGACUUCGCUGGUCCACUGGAGAAUCACAUGUUCUUUGUGAUGGUCGAUGCUCACAGUAAAUGGCCUGAAGUUGCCAUCAUGAAAAACACCACUUCAGAGAAAACUAUUGAGGAGCUCAGAUCUGUUUUCAGUCGUUUUGGGUUGCCACAACAGAUUGUAAGUGAUAACGGUCCCCAACUGGUGUCUGAUGAGUUUCAGUCUUUCUUAAGCUUAAAUGGGAUUCAGCACAUCAGGUCCGCGCCUUAUCACCCAUCGACUAAUGGCCUUGCAGAGCGAUUUGUGCAGACUCUGAAGAAAGCCAUAAAGGCAUCCCAGGGCAAGGGCUCGUUGAACCAAAGACUAAACGCUUUUCUUUUGGCAUAUAGAAACACACCUCAUGCCAUCACCAAAGACUCUCCAGCUACGGCAUUGCUGAAACGACAACUCCGCAGCCGAUUGGAUUUAUUGAGACCUGUGAAAACUAAACAGACUGUACUGUUACAACAGCAAAAGCAGGUGGAGAGGAGAUGCAAGGCAAAAUUCAGGAGCUUUAACAGAGGUGACAAUGUCCUUGUUCGUAACUAUGGAAAAGGAGCCAAAUGGGUCCCUGCUACAGUGAUCGCGCAAACAGGCCCUGUUUCCUAUGCAGUCGAAACGAAGGACAAGGUGACCUGGAAGAGACAUGUUGAUCAGAUGUUGUCUGCAGCGGUCUCCAGUGAUGUUCCGUGUAAAACCCAGAUUCACCUACCAAAAACAUCCUUAAAUUCUGGCCAGGAAGGAGUACCUGAAAUGUCUCCUACACAACUUACCAGCAAACCAGUGGUGACGGAUACUGAAAUCAUCCCGCUUGAAGACACAUCUCCUGUCCCAGAAACUGUUAUCGAGACUCCGGUAAAAACACCACAGGUGCCUGUGUCUCCACGUUAUCCCACAAGAAUGCGGAAAGCACCGCAGAGGUUAGAUCUUUAGUUUAGUGGCUAACCCACGGCGUUGGGGCAGAAUAAUCCCCAGGGUUUAGCCUGAGAAAUGAGGUAGUCUACCCUCUUUCUCGAGUAGUAGGAAAAUGUUAAAUAAUAAUAAUAAUGAAAAUUGUUAUGGUUGUUGUUCAAAGUAAAAGGGGAGGAAUAUGUUAUGUAUUUCUUUAUGCUGGUGUUACCCCUUUAAGGACCUUAUGUGUUCCCGCAUGUGCUGUGCGCAUGCGCAGUGUGUCUGUAAUGCUUGCUACUGCUAACAACAGUAAAGAGUUAUGUUGCUACAAGACGGUGUCCGUGUAUGAUGUAUUUACA